AUGACUCUGUUGGCAGGUGACGGCUCUGACUAUGACUACAGUGCUUUGAGUUGCGCCUCCGACACCUCCUUGAACCCUCCCCCAAUCCAGGAGCGUGAGAGCCUAAAGGGCGUGUACUACAAGCGGGCACAGCUCCUGCCCACAUGGGAUCCAACUCCUGCCACCAAUGUCCCUCAACCUGCCGACGCCCACAACCUCCUGUCGGGUACCCGCCGCUUGCACGUUAUCAUUAACGUGGGGGGCCUGAGGUACCAGCUGCCCUGGACCACAUUGGAGGACUUUCCCCUCUCUCGGCUUGGACAGCUGCGCCUGUGCAGCAGCUUCGAUGAGAUCAUGCGCGUGUGUGACGACUAUGACGUUGCACGAAACGAGUUCUUCUUCGACCGAAGCCCCUGCGCCUUCCGCACCAUUCUGACUUUCCUGCGUGCGGGAAAGCUCCGCUCACUCCGCGAGAUGUGCGCUCUCUCCUUCCGAGAGGAGCUGCUUUACUGGGGCGUCCCUGAAGACAGCCUGGAGUGGUGCUGCCGCCGGCGCCUCCUACAGCGGGUGGAGGAGUGUGACGAGCUUGAGCGGGCUGCAGAGGAAGAGGAGGAGGAUGAGGAUGACAGUGACAGUGGGCGGAGGGAAGCUAGCCUGACCGGGGAAUCACGGCUUGGCAGGUGCAUGGGUAAACUAAGGGACAUGGUGGAGAAACCACACUCCGGCCUGCCGGGGAAAAUCUUCGCCUGUUUGUCGGUACUCUUCGUAACCAUCACAGCUGUCAACUUGUCUAUAAGCACCAUGCCAGCCAUGAGGGAGGAAGAGGAGGCGGGAAAGUGCUCCCAAAUGUGUUACAACAUCUUCAUCGUGGAGACAGUGUGUGUGGCCUGGUUCUCCCUGGAAUUCACACUUCGUUUCAUUCAGGACAGAAGCAAACUGGCGUUCUUGAGGCGACCACUCAAUCUCAUUGAUGUGGUGGCUAUCUUGCCCUAUUAUAUCACGCUGGUGGUCGACAGUACUUCCACAGGUGAGAAGAGAUUAGGGUCUGGGAGUAGCUACCUGGACAAAGUCGGUCUUGUGCUUCGUGUGUUGCGGGCACUGCGUAUACUCUACGUGAUGCGUCUAGCGAGGCAUUCUCUCGGUCUCCAGACGUUAGGACUCACAGCACGCAGGUGCACCCGUGAGUUUGGACUGCUACUGCUGUUUCUCUGUGUUGCCAUUGCGCUGUUCUCACCGCUGCUUUACCUUAUCGAGAAUGAAGUAGCAGCCACGCAGGAGUUCAGUAGUAUACCAGCAACUUAUUGGUGGGCUGUUAUCACCAUGACGACGGUUGGUUAUGGCGACAUGGUACCACGCAGCAUUCCUGGGCAGGUGGUCGCCCUGAGCAGUAUUCUCAGUGGAAUUUUGCUCAUGGCUUUCCCCGUCACGUCUAUCUUCCACACCUUCUCCCGGUCUUACGUGGAGUUAAAGCAGGAACAGCAGCGGCUGCUGCAGCGACGGACUCACUUUUUGCUGCGUAGUCGCAUGGCAGGUCUCGGCAGCAACUUGUCCCUGGAGAGUGAUGUACUCUUUCCCAGUGGCUCUUCCGAACCCAGAGACCCUGACAACUGA